CAGCAGAAGACGCAGAGUGACCAUCGCUGUCUCGGUGGCAUCCCCUAUACCCAUGUACCCCUCACCGCACUCUGUCAGGAGGAGACAGCAGAGGGGCCGGAGUCUGACUACGUUUGACAGCCCCGCCCCCCGUUCCUCCUCCCCCACCGAAUGUUGCCACUUCUCUCCCUGGAGCAGAAAGGCUGGUACUCCCUCUGACCCUGAGCGUCUUGGCCAACGACCCCGGCACCCUGUCCCUAACGUUCCCUCCACGCUGGACAAGCAGACUAACUGGUCCAGAGUUCUCCCACUGCCCACACCUCAGGAGAGGAUGAAGAGAGACUCACAAGUCAUCACAUCCUGCGUCAUCCCAAUUAACGUCACAGGGGUUCAGUUCCACAGAGACGCUAGUGUGCGCUGCUCGCUAGUCCACUCUCAGUCCGUACUUCAGAGGAGGAGGAAGCUGAGGAGACGGAAGACUGUCAUCGGGAUUCCUAGAAGAGUUCAGCAGGACCUAGACUCUGAUGAGUCUCCGAGCUCCAGGGAGCGGACAGUGGUUCUCCGAUGCAACGCUGCGCUCUGUAGCGAGGACCUGUGCAGUCGUCUGAACACCAAGAAGGACUCCGGCUGCCAGACUGAAGACUUCCUGGUCUGCGCUCCGUCCCGCCGGAGGGUCCAGUCCCAGUGGGGUCAGGAGGGGGUCAGCUCCGCCCCCGUCCCUCUGUCCCUCUCCACCGGGAACAUCUCCUCUCUACCAGACCCCUCGGAGCGCAACGACGCCAUGUUCUCCUCUUCGCUGGGGGUACGCCUGCGGUCACACAGCCAGCCAAGGGAGGGGAGGAGACUGAUGGAUGAGGUUCACCACCACAGGGAGAAGGGGGAGGAGCUGUCUCCCUCAGAGACUGAGGACUUCCUGUCUGGGCCGGGGGAGCUGAAGGAGGAGGGGGAGGAGAGUACCGAUGACCAGGCCCAGCCGGACCACCCUCUGGCCAGCCUGAAGUACCAGCAGCACCCUGGCAGCCCCUGGAUGGAGAGGGGCCGCUCCCGCCUCCCCCGGAAGGUUGACAUGGGGAGCUGUGAGAUGUCCUCCAGCUCAGACACCUUCUCCAGUCCGCUCCACUCUACCUCCACCAGGGGAGUGCUGGGGUGUCAGAUGGACCAUAAAGACGACCACCAGUCUUCUAGUGGGAACUGGAGCGGCAGCAGCUCAACAUGCCCCUCCCAUACCUCCGAGACCCUCCCCCCAGCCACCUCCCCCCAGCUCACUGGCUCCUCCCACUGUGACUCGGAGCUGUCGCUGAACACCGCCCCCCAUGCUACAGAUGACCCCACCCUCAUCCUGGACCCGUACCAGACCGACCGGCAGCUGGAUGAUGCAGGGGUCAGCACGGCUAGCGACGGGGAGUGGAGUUACCCACACCCUGACCACCCCAGCCCCAGGCCCCAUGACCUCAGCCCUGAGCGCUCCAGAGAGGGGGAGGGGAGUCUGGGCUGCCCAAGCUUUUCCAGCAUGGCUACCUGUGAGAGCUUCACUACAGACAAGCCUCCUUCUGAGAAGGCUGACACUGUAUCAUACUACUCCAUAGACACUGAGGGUUACUACACCUCCAUGCACUUUGACUGUGGUCUGAAAGGGAGCAAGAGCUUCAUGUAUAACUACUCUGCCUCUGACUGUGGCCAGGAGCACAUGACUCUGGGGAGACGCUGUCUGACGUUGAGGAAACCCAAGGCCAAGCCCUCUGCCCCCAGGCGCAGCUCCUCACUAAGGAAGAUCAGCGGGGGGGGGGACGCUCCUGACGACAGCGAACCAAAGACCCCCAGCGGGCAGCAGAGAAAGUGGUGUUCCAGAGAGAGGAGGUUACAGCUGGACCUGGAGGGCUCCCUGGGCCGCACUGACCCCCCUGACCCUGACCCUGCUCUGAACCAUCUGGAGGACCCUGUUCUGGGAGGGGAGGGGGGGUCAGGGUUGGAGCAAGACCCCCUGGAGGCCCUGGAGACCUGGCGGAGGGAGGACACCGAGGAGAUGCCCGGCUCCGGCCUGUUUGGUUCCUCUGACAGAGGCUCCUAUAAAGAUGAGGGCGCUGUCCAGUCAGACUAUGCAGAUCUCUGGCUUGUGAAUGACUUGAAGUCCAACACCGACCCCUACCGCUCCCUGUCUAACUCCUCCACCGCUACCGGUACUACUGUUAUAGAAUGUAUAAAGUCUCAGAGUUCAGAGUCCCAGACCUCCCAAUCAGGCUCCAGAGCCACCACCCCCUCACUGCCAUCAGUAGAAGACUUCAAGAUGUCCUCCUUGCCCUCAGUAGAAGGUGACUUCAAGAUGUCCUCUCCAGAGAGGCUGGCCGGCUUAGUGUCGCCAUCUAGUGGCUACUCCAGCCAAUCAGAAACCCCCACCUCCUCCUUCCCCUCCGGCUUCUUCCCUAGUCCCCUGUCACCCACCAAUCAGAAGAGGAAGCCCAAGAUUCCAGAGAGGAAGUCAUCUCUGUCCGUCACCUCCACCAGAGAUCUGGAGCUGCCAGUCAUCCCCCCCAGCCACCAGGACCUCAGUGCCCUUCACAGCCCUAACCCUACCAACCCUAACCCUACCCCUACCAACCCUAACCCUACCCCUACCAACCCUAACCCUACCAACCCUACCCCUACCAACCCUAACCCUACCCCUACCAACCCUCCUCCAGUCUCUACCAAGCCCCCAGGCCACAGGAACCAGCUCUACCUCCUGCAACAAAGCAAGCAGAAGGCAGCAGCAUCGGCCAGGGCUGAGGCCAGUCCAGCAACCGAGACCUCCAGCAGUCUUCCCAUGACCAUCACCCCCACCGUGCUGCGCUCAGUCCAGCUGAGGUCUGUGGGGAAGCAAGGAGAGGGGAGCCCUGACCGGCCCGGCCCAGAUGUUGCCACCAGACCCAAGUGUCCCACUGUGAACAUCAGCCCCCCUUCCAGCAGCAGGUCCCCUGAGUCUACAGCCAGGAAGCCUCCAGCCUACAACUCCCAGGUUCCCCCCUCUCAACAGUACUGUGAGUCACUGUUGAGCCCCAGCGAAGGCCCUGUCACUAAGGACUCAGCAGGUCACAGUAGUGUGAGGUACAGACAGGACAGACACCCUACUGAACCCCAGUGGAGUGCCACUGCCUUCAGAAACCCAGGAGACCACACACUGGCAGACCAGGAGACACUGGCAGACCAGGAGACACUACCAGACCAGGAGAGACUACCAGACCAGGAGAGACUACCAGACCAGGAGACACUGGCAGACCAGGAGACACUGGCAGACCAGGAGAGACUACCAGACCAGGAGACACUACCAGACCAGGAGAGACUACCAGACCAGGAGACACUGGCAAAAGAGGACCAUACCAUCAGAGACCAAGACCAGCCCCUCCUAUACCAAGACCAGCCCCUCCUAUACCAAGACCAGCCCCUCUUAGACCAAGACCAGCCCCUCCUAGACCAAGACCAGCCCCUCCUAGACCAAGACCAGCCCCUCCUAGACCAAGACCAGCCCCUCCUAGACCAAGACCAGCCACUUACAGACCAGCAGUCCCUGCUAGACCAGGAGGUCUGCCAGAGGGGGGCUGAGGCCACAGGGGUGACCCCAGGUCAGGAGGUAGAGGAACAGGAAGCUCUAUUCCCUGGGAGCAACAGCAGUCUGGAGGCAGAACAGUACCGACCACAACCACCUGAACCAUCUAAACUACAGAGAGCUGAAGACCCUUCAAUGUGUCCUGCUCAGCACAUCUUAGCCACAACAACAGACAGUCUAGACAAAGUGCCUGUUAUAAGUGAUCAGUCGGAAACAAUCAGCGAUGCGGCUGGCAGAGAAGAGGAGUAUUCCAGACCCAGUGACAACUCUAUCUUUCCUCUAAGUGAGGAGACCAAGGCUGAGGGUGAUGUCUUUCUGUCGCCCACCAAGGCACGUACUACAGAGGAGCUGUUUACCAUGAUACACAGAUCCAGGAGGAAAGUUUUAGGUAGGAAGGACUCUGGAGAGUUAAAUGCCCGGAGCCGUCUGUGUGCUGCAUCUGGGAGCACCUCACCUUGUACCCCCGUCAACCCACCUGGCAACACUGUGACCUCUCUGGUGACCCCCAGCACCCCGACUUGCCCCCAGAAGGCCCCAGGACCCAUCUACCGCAGUCUGAAGAAGUCCUCCACCUCCAACGAGGAGUUCAAACUACUGCUCCUGAAGAAAGGCAGCCGCUCAGACUCCAGCUACCGCAUGUCGGCCACAGAGAUCCUGAAGAGCCCCAUCGGCCACAAGUCCCCUGGAGACCACCUGCCCACGCUGGAGGAGCCCCUCUCCCCUCCGCCAGGCACGGAGAAGCUCCCCAGCCCCUUCACAGAGGGCUUGUCUCCUAAAGGCCUGUCCCCUGCAGCCUCCUUCAGACAGAGCCGGUCCCGCGUCCCUCCGCCAGCCACCAGCAGCCACUACAGCAUCCGCAGCAGACACCACCCGGCCCCCAUGCAGGCCAUCUCAGAGGGCGAGACGGAGAACUCAGAUAGGAGCCCCUCCUCACAGGGAUCCUCCUAACAUACAGCACCUUUGUGUAAAACCGACAGAGGAACAUCUUAAGGUUUUCCAUUAGACUAGAUAGUAGAGAGCAACUGGACCAGAAUGACUUAGAACAUUUGAACUGUGGCUAAUUGUUUCUAAUACAGUAUGUAUAUCUGUUUUUAGCUUUUUGUAUUGAAGGAAAACAGAGAGACUUAAGAAACAGAAAUGUGGUAAACUUCUAUAGCUAUGUUCUGUUGUACUUUAGCAGAAGACAUCACCUCUACCUGAGGAAUGAUUUUCUCAUGAAAUAAAGAAAUGCUUUUUAAACUGUUAGGAAAGUAAACAGGAAUAUGUACUGUGCUAUAUCAAGGCUGUUUUUAUAUCAAGGCAACCUUGUGUUGUAACUCUACAGAAAAGACAUGGGUAUCUUCCAUUGUAACCCUUAACCCUUAACCCUUAAAUGAUAUUGCUGGAAAAUGCCACAUGUAUAGAAUUUAUCAAUAUAAUGAGAUUUACAGUAUAAUAUAUUCACAUUUCACCAAUGCUGUAAAAGUUGUGAAAUACCUUUAUAGAGUACCUCCGUAUGAGUCAUAAUACCCAUAAAACCUGGCGGUCAAACAAGGAAAUGGUUCCAAUCGUUUUUCCACCAUUCAUUUUUCCCAUAGGGGAUUUUAAACACUUAAAUAAGGGCUGUGUUUCGUGUAGGCCAAUGGCAGUCAGUGCCAUUUAUUAUGAGCAUGGCCUUAUUUCUAUUACAGCAUGUUGGAUGACUGUCAUUCAUAUUCCAUCCACCCAGUUCA